AUGUCUUCUGCGUCGGAUGCUGAAUCUGAUUGUGAUAAAAAAAUUUCAAAACUUGGUGAUUGCGAAGUUUGCGGCUCGUCCAGUGCUAUUUAUACUUGUCCAAAGUGCGAAGUAAAAACAUGUUGCCUGUCUUGUGUUAGAAUACACAAAAAAGAGCUUGAUUGUGACGGUAUAAGAGAUCGAACAAAAUUCAUCAGAGUCAAGGACUUUACAGAUUCUGAUCUGCUGAGUGACUACAGGUUGUUAGAAGAAUGUGCCAGAUUUGUGUAUGGUGUAAAAAAUGACAAAAAGAAAAAGUUUACCAGAGUUGAUAAGGAAUUGCCACUUCAUCUGUAUAAACUGAAAGUAGCGGCUAGGCAGAGAGGCACUGUUAUUCAGUUCCUUGCACAAAACUUUACGAGGCAUAGUGUUAACACAACUCGAUUGAAUUAUAAAUCAAAUGUAAUAAACUGGAGAGUUGAAUGGGUGUUUCCAAAUGUGGAAAGUGCUCCAUUAAAAUUUGUGGAUGAAAAAUGUCCAGAAGCUAAGAGAAUUUCAGAGUUAUUAGACAAAUACAUGGACCCUGAUGCUGCACCUUUUGAUGGAUCUAAAGCUUUAAUAUAUUAUAGAUCUGUUGGCUUUAGUGGAAUCAAAAUAUUACUCAAAGCUGAAAAAGUAAAAGGCUCUGCACGAAAAUUCUUUGAAUUAGAUCCAGCUGACACCUUAGCUGAGAAUUUAUCUGGGAAGUGCAUUGUGGAGUUUCCUAUAAUUUUUGUUGUACUCAAAGAUCAUGCAUACAGUUUUGAAAUAAUCAGUCCAGAAGAUGAAUUUGAUUAUGAAGAAUCACCAAGUAUUGACAGUGAUAUAAAACGUGAGAACGGUAAUAAAGAUAUUAAGAACUCAAAUAAUAAUCAGAAUAAUGUUCCAUUAGUAGAGACACAUGCUGCCACACAUGUGAGGAAGAGACCAAGACAGUUACUCACUCAAAAAAUUGCAGAACAGAAAAAACUUGAAAUUGAGAAGGAAAUUAAAGCAGAAAAAAAGAAAAGACCUAAAAAUCUUUUGUUUACUACCGGUUACUCUUCAGAAGAGAGUUUAAGUGAAAGUGAUAAUGAAGAAAACCAGUCUUAG